AAAAAAAAUUAAUUUCUGUUCUACAACGCAGACCAAAUAUUUAGCACAUGGAACGGAGUGAAAAAAAUCCUGCAUGAGGAAUUCAGUUUGAUUUUUUUUCUAUUAAUUGAAUUUGUAAAGGCUCUUUUCUGUAGUACAAGAACAGUUACUCCUAAAAGAACCUUUUAGUGAUGAUUUCACUGCACAGGUGGUUCUGGAGUGCAAAGAGCUGCGUUGGCACCACAGAUGUUCAGGAACUGCAGUGCUCAGUAACAGCCCCAAUAUUUUGCUGUCUGAACCCAGCACUGCCCUCACACUCCAAAGCACCCCCCACACUUCAGCCCACAUCCCAAUGAAUGUUUUUUUUCUCUUCUUUUAAUGUUCUUUCUCAUUUUUACCUCCCCUAGGUUGUGCUGUGCCAAAGCACACCCAGCUGGGCACGGCUGGGGCUGAAACCCUCCCAUCUCCUGGCUGAGCCUUUUGGGCUGCCCUGUUCCCAUCCCUCUCCUUCCCCUUUUCCUCCUCCCUUGUUUUGCAGAACAGGAGGAAUUUCCCUUGCUCAGGAGGACAAUGGGAACCCAUCACUGCAGGGAUGGCACUCGAGGAGCUGCCCCAGGGACACCUGGCUCUGCUUGGGAAUUUCAGUUUAUUUCAACACAGGAGGAUGGAACCCUGUUCAUUUCAGUUGUGCAAAGAUUAAUUAAUAACUCCAUUUGCAUGGUGAGCUCACUGAUUACAGAGAAGCUGCUCUGGUGCAGGAGGGUUGGUGUGCUGGCAGUGCGGUGGGAAGGCUCCUGUCCACUCGCGUGCUGCUGCUGCUUAUUGAAGACGAGAGCUCUCUCCCUGCUUGGGCCGCUUCUCACCAUUCCUAAAGAAAAGCUUUUCCACAAAUCCAGCAUCUCCCUGCGACGCGGAAAGAAGCUCAGUGUGAACCAAAUGCGGGCGUUUUCUGUCCCCAUCCCUCCCUCCCCCCGACACCUCAUUCCUCUUCACUAUCGAAACAAAAUACAGAGAAACCGAUUUCCGAAGCGAAAGCGCAGAAGGAUAAAGGUGUUUUACUACAGACCUCUCAGUCUGGCGCUGAUCAAAAAGCCCAACUCAUCUUCGGAAAGAAAAAGACUGGCAAACGCCACGGGUUUGGCUGUGAUGCUUAAUUUCGGCGGAGACCGAAAACAAACCUUGUCUGCGAGUAAACACCGUGUGUGAUCAGCGGAGAGAGGAAAAAAAAAAAAAAAAAAAAAAAGAAAUAAUAAUAUUGCCGAGGCGGCGGCGGGCGGGGAC